ACAUAUACAGUUACAAGUUACAAGUAAUCGUACAAGUAAACAUCAUGUUAGUUUCGACAGUGUGGGUGGCGGCCUGCCUCGCCAGCAGUGCCGUCAUGGCUGUCUCUCAUCUUGACAAACCAUACUACGACCUGAACGACGCCGAAAACCUUUUCAAAGACUUCAUUAAGCAGCAUGGAAAAGUAUACAACGGAAGGGAGUAUUCCGAAAGGCUUGAGAUUUUCAAGGAAAGUUUAAAAGAUAUAAACUCUCGAAAUGAAAAAUAUCCUCAGACGGUGUUUAAAGUGAAUCAUUUUUCUGAUUUAACACCUGAAGAGCUGGAAUUAUACCGCGGUGUCGUGCCUGUAAGAAAUGUAUCAAAAGCUAUCCCUUAUCGAACAAAUACUCUGUCCAGGCUACCUGAAUUCGACUGGAGGAAAGUGGGGGUUAUUACACCCGUCAAGAAUCAAGGAAAAUGUGGCUGCGGGUAUAUCUUUAGUGCAAUUGGUACCAUGGAAGGCCGGUACGCUAUGAAGUAUAGAGAGUGUCUGGCCUUCUCUGAGAGCCAGGCCCUUGACUGUUACGAGAACGCUGGAUGUAAUGGAGGCAACCCGUGGCAAAUCAUAUGGGGUUACAUGUUCAGCAAAUGUGGGGUUAUAUUGGAAAAAGACUAUCCAUAUCAACCAGAAAAGCAAACUUGUCGUCAAAAUAAGAGUAUGGCAGUUACUCACGUGCUACCCGUUAUCACAGGAUGGGGAGUAAGUGAAGAAGAGCUUUUAUUGGAAUUCUUAGUAAAUAUCGGACCUCUAGCUAUCUGUUUGAGUGCUGCUGAUUUUAAACAUUAUUCUGGAGGAAUCCUGGAACCCGACUUGUGCACCGGCAAACCUUUCGAUCACUGCGUGCUCUUAGUAGGGUAUGGAGAAGAAAAUGGUAAACAGUUCUGGACCAUAAAGAACUCGUAUGGAGUAAUGUGGGGCGAGAGGGGCUACGUGCGCAUACGUCGAGGCGUCAAAGCGUGCGGCAUAACGGGGAAGGACUUUUUCUUGUACUUCGCUGAAAUGUUAUAACGCCCUUAAAGAAGGAGGCCAAUUCAAACUUUUAUUGUGAUAUCUUAAUCAUGUCAUUUUAAUAUUAUUCAUAUGUUAGUAUUGUCGCGAAUGUGAGUAAAAUGACAUAAUUUAAAUAUCAUUUUUAUUCGGAUUGGCGGAUUUUGGAUUUCUCCAUCAACUAGAAGCUCAUGAAAAGUUACUUGAUAUCUUCUAAUGUUCAUAAUAACUAACACGGACACGAAAAAAUAUUCGACGAGUUCGCGAAGAGUCCCCUUAAAUCUUAUAUGGACUUUAGAUUCAAAAAUAACAAUUGAUUCACGCAAAGGAGUUCCAUGGUUGAUUUAAAUACGAACAGAAACCCCGCUCUUCUUGGAAAGAAUACGUAUAAUAGCUUAAAGUAUAAGUGUACAAUCUGUUAGCAAGAUGCGCUUAUUGUGUGUAUAGACAGAACUACUUUUGUCUAUACACACAAUAAGCGCAUCUUUGUGAACGGCACAAACUAUAAACGUACCUAAGUUCACAUGCAUGUGUUGCCUUAUUUUAUUAAUUUUGUCAGAAACCUUCAACAAUAACUCCUGUCAUCUUAAUCAGAAAUAAAAUAAAUUUGGAUUUGACGUUUCAA